AGUAGUAGUUUAUGAGGUGCGGGGGAAAAUGAUAGUUCAUAAAUUUCAAACCUUUGACCUUGUAGUAAUUUGAAAAUGUGGUAUCCAUUACACAUCAAGCUCAUUUUUGUGAACUUUGAUACAUUAUUUAUGUUAAUACAUCAAAUAAACUCCAAUCAAAUUAUCCAUUUCUAUCAAAACUCCAAAGUUGAAACAAAAUUUUACACUAUUCGGCCCUCUAUGAACACACAAAUAAAAAAAGAUGUAGAGUUCUUAAAUUGAGGCGACUCACUCUAAUUUAGUUAUGUGAGAACUCCCCCUGACAACGUCGUUCAGGCCAUCGUGAAUUAUUAUUAUUUUAUUAAGAAUGAUGAGACAUUUUCAGAUAAAAAAGAAGUGAUGAAUCCGUUAGACUCUUCAAAUUCAUUUCUAUGCAAAUAUUAGACUCUUCAAAUCCAUAAUACAAUAAAUCCAACAUAAAUACCAAUGUUUUUAUUGGCCAAAACCCUCAUUUUUCAAAUCCAACAAGCAAACGACUCCUUAGUUUUUUUUGAUAAGGGAUGAAUUAGCUUAGUUUAUGGUGAACGAAAAAAUAAAUUUAUUUUCAGCUAUUUGUUUUUGAAAAAUGACACCUCUUAAAAAAUUGUUGGAUCCGCCAGGAAUGGUACUAAGUACUAAUUAAUUAAUAGCAACUGCCUAAUUAACCCCCUUACCCAUAUGACCUCCAUCACAAUUGCGUAAUUCAUAAUUAUGGUCUAAUUGACCAUACAAGCUAAUUUAACCAUACUAGUAUACCUAUAACGUAGCAGGAGAAAUGUGGUAUUUGAGAUCAACUACAUUGCAUAAAACCUGUUAUUUGAUACAAAAAAUUACUAAUUAUAUAGGAAAAUAGUCUGGACACCAACUACUUUUAUUCUCCUUCAAUAGUAGGGAAGGGAAUUUGUACCCACCCAGUCGGGUAUUACCCGACACGCAACAGCGUGGGGACGGUGCAUGGAUAUCUACUUCCAACCCGUCAUGCCCCACCUUGUUCUUGGUCCAUUUUAUCUCAAUUUCAACUAGUUAGACUCAAUUACCCAUUCUAGUAUCACUAUUUUCAUUCAAAAAUGUUUUCCCUUCAUUUUAUCAUAAAAAGUAAAAUUUUGCAUGUAUUUCAAAUAAAAUGUAAAAGUGUAUCGACCUGCCCAGCCUCGUACCUGCACGAGCAUUAACUGCCCCGACCCUGCAAUAAAAUGGGGCGGAACAUUAAUAUUGAAGUACUCGCCUCGCCCGCCCGCCUCAUUGCCAUCACUAUUCAAUAGCUCAUCCAUACUAUCAACAUUCAAAAUAUAUCACACAACAACUUAAAAUUUCACUCAUCUCAUAGAUUUCCACAUUCAUACAAGCCAAAAAUCAAAUGUGUCAUAAGUACAAUAUAUGUAGCCUUUAACCCUAACCCUACUAGCUAAUCAAAUGUGUCAUAAGUACAAUUGCCUAAUUAACCCCACUUACACAUACCCCACUUCCACCGCAAAGUCAGCUUCAACGUAUUGCACAAUGUUACUUCCCUUUAGUCAUGGUCCCACCGUUGCUAUAUAUAAGAGAGAUUCCAAAGCUAACUUUUCCUCCCAAAACAUAUCCAAAACCAAAAACACAAAAAGCUCUUGAAAAGAAUCUACUAUAUGUCAACAAUGACGCUUUUGAGAGUUGUUACAGCCACAUUUCUUCUGGUCUCUCUCGUUGUCAUCAAUUCAGCAGCAUUCGCAGCACCCUUAGGGUUCAUCAAGCAACUGGAGGGCGGCCGCAGAGGCCAAUCCAUUGAAGGGCUCCGUGACGUGAAACAGUACCUCCAGAAAUUCGGCUACUACCUAAAUGAUGAUCACAAGGACACCAACGCCAACGAAGCCACAGUGCAUCAAAACUACGAUGAAUUCGAUGAGUUACUAGAGGCCGCAAUCAAGCGAUAUCAGCUAACUCACCGCAUCCCCGUCUCGGGGGCCUUGGACCGUGCCACGACAACCCAAAUGAUGAUCCCUAGGUGUGGCGUUUCAGACCAUGGCCUUGUUAUUAUGACCGUGGACUAUGGGGACCAAAAGAAGCCCAACGAUUAUGCAUUCUUCCCUGGCAAACCCAAGUGGAACAAGAACAACCUUCAAUAUAGGUUCGGGAUCACGAGCAGCCCUCCUGCCGGGUUGGAGGAACCCACCAUCAAGGCGGCCGUCGACAAGGCGUUCCAGAGCUGGAAGAAUGUAACAGAAUUCACGUUCGACUAUGUUGCCGGUACUUUCGCGCCGGCUGACCUGAAAAUUUCGUUUUUUUCUCGCCGCCAUGGAGACAGGUCUCCAUUUCAAGGGGCUAAAGGGGCCACGGCCCAUGCGUUCCCGCCACGUUACGGAGAACUCCAUUACAACGCAGAUUUUAAAUGGAGUGAUGACCCAAGCCCAACGGAAAUGGAUCUGGAGUCCAUUGCGGUGCAUGAGAUUGGACAUACAUUAGGGCUUCUUCACAGCGUCAAUAAGGCAGCGAUCAUGUACCCUUACUUGAACACCGGGAAAAUCAAGCGGGAAUUACAGAGCGCUGAUAUCGAGGGCAUCCGUAAACUCUACGGGCUGUCUUGAAAAAUAAAAGCGACGUUCAGAGAUGUAUCACUGCUUCGUAUGGAAAUGGAGGUCACCGUGUAUAUAUAUUAUGAUCUAUAGUCUUACUAAAAUAAAAGGAGAUGUAAUCUCCUAGAACAAUGCAUGAUGUUUGUUUAAUAUAUUAUAGUUAAUUAAUAUAUAUAAAGUUGAAUAAGGGUUACUGUUGCCUAAGGUUUCUCUAAUCUAUACCACUUUUAUUGUUUCUGGGCUAAGCCACAAUAGUUUUUAGAUAAAGCUAAUGUCAUUUUAAUGACCAAACUUGAGGAGGGACAAAGUUAAUGCCAUUUUUCUUCAUGUUUUAGGAUGUAGGGGCUCAGUCAGCCGCUUACAUUUUUACAAGACUUAGUUUUGCUAUAAUUAAGGGAGUGGGGGUCCAGAUUGUAUCUUGACUAUCCACUAUUUUUUUUUUAGACCUUUGUUUCUUUGUUUCCACUCAUAAAAAAUUAAUAUUUUAAAAAAAGAACAAGGUAUUACAAAAAAAAAAGAGAAAUAAAAGAGACAUCAAAAUUUUUAAUUAGAAUUAAACAAGAUAGGAAUUUCUUAUUAGAAUUUAGUGAGAUCCGUAAAAUUGUGAAUCAAUUACAAUAAUGAAUAAGUUCUUAAAUUUGUCGGACUAUGACCUAGCCGGUUGUUUGGAAUUACGUGUUGAAUCACAAAAAAUCACUCGAAUUUAAGUGCCAUUGGUUCGAUGUUUUUUCUCAAAUAAAUUGAACAACUAAAAAAAUAUUACAGGAGGUACAUAUUUAAUUAGAACUUAUUGAGAUAAGUAAAAUCGUGAUAUCGUUAAAAUAUUUGAUCGAUUCUUGAAUUUGGUUGGUCUGAUAUGGACUAGCCAAUUGUUUGCGAUUGUGGAUUGCGCGUGAAACUAUGAAUUUUAAGGUGAGUUCCACUUUUUACUCCCUUUGCUUCUCUCUUAACAUUUCAUCCCCAAUCGAGUUAGACUUUUCUACAAUUUAACAUUAAAUUUUCACCUAUAUUUAUACAUAUAAAAUAAAGAAUCAUCACUAAACAAUUAUCAUCCUCACAAAAAACAAAACAAAAUUACCAUUGUAAAUACACCACCAUAAAGAGAAUCACAUAUGAAUGGGCCACCACAAUAAUCCAAUAGUUGACCAACUCGCAGCAACGCGCGUUAUCUGCCUAGUUAAUAUAAGACUUAAGAGAAAGGCGAGAGGGUUCUUGAGAGAGAGUUAAUAUAUAAUUGUGAGAAUAAGGAUUGGGCAAAAAGAUAUUAGGGUUGUUGUUAUUCGAUAAUCUCAAUUAAUAUCAUAAGUAUAAUAUGCAUAUUCUUUGGUCAUAAUCCUACUAGCUAAUUCAUCUCUUGGUACUCGGGGGGUGGAUUCAAUGAGGUUUAAGAGUGUCACAUGACAACUCUAAAUUUUAAGAAAAAUUAGCGACUAGUUUCGGAUUUUGCAAGAAAAAGUGACAGUUCUUUAAUUUGAAAAUCAUUGAACUUACAUUGAACAUAAAAAGACGGUAUCCAUUACACCUCAAACUCUUUUUUUUUUAACUUUAAAACAUCAAAUACGUUACUACAUCAAAUAAACUCCAUCUAAAUUUUCCAAUUUUAUCAAAAAUCCAAAAUUGAAAUAAAUUUUUAUUCACUAUUUGGCCUUUCUCCUCCGAAGACGUAAAUAAAAAAUAAAAAUAAAAGCAUAGUUCUCGAGUUAGGGUGACUCCCUCGUGUUUAGUCAUGUGAUAACUCUCUCCACUCAUGUCAUCACGAAUUAUUACCGUUUUAUUGAAAAUAAUGAGAGAUUGAUUCAACGAAAAAAAAUAAUGAGAGAUUUUGAGAUUUGAAAGAAGUAAUGAAUUUAGCUUAAUUUA